CUGCGCCGGGCGGGCGGGCGGCGGCGGGGGGGCCAGCGGCCGCAGCCGCCGGGGGGACGCGAGGCGAUGGAACAAGUGGAAAUCCUGAGGAAAUUCAUCCAGAGGGUCCAGGCCAUGAAGAGUCCGGACCACAAUGGGGAAGACAACUUCGCCCGGGACUUCAUGCGAUUAAGACGAUUAUCUACCAAAUAUAGAACAGAAAAAAUUUACCCAACAGCUACUGGAGAAAAAGAAGAGAAUGUUAAAAAGAACAGAUACAAAGACAUAUUACCGUUUGAUCACAGCCGAGUUAAACUGACUCUAAAGACUCCUUCCCAAGAUUCAGACUACAUCAAUGCGAAUUUUAUUAAGGGAGUCUAUGGGCCAAAAGCAUAUGUUGCAACACAAGGACCAUUAGCAAAUACAGUUAUAGAUUUUUGGAGGAUGAUAUGGGAAUACAAUGUUGUAAUCAUUGUAAUGGCAUGUCGAGAAUUUGAAAUGGGAAGGAAAAAAUGUGAACGUUACUGGCCUUUGUAUGGAGAAGAUUCUCUUACAUUUGCACCAUUUCAAAUUUCUUGUGAAGCUGAACAAGCUAGGACAGACUACUAUAUUAGAACAUUGUUACUUGAAUUUCAAAACGAAUCUCGUAGACUGUAUCAGUUUCAUUAUGUGAACUGGCCAGAUCAUGAUGUUCCUUCAUCAUUUGAUUCUAUUCUGGACAUGAUCAGUCUUAUGAGGGAAUACCAAGAACAUGAAGAUGUGCCUAUUUGUAUACACUGCAGUGCAGGUUGUGGACGAACAGGAGCCAUUUGUGCCAUAGAUUAUACAUGGAAUUUGCUAAAAGCUGGGAAAAUACCUGAGGAGUUUAAUGUAUUCAACUUAAUACAGGAGAUGAGAACACAAAGGCAUUCUGCAGUACAAACAAAGGAACAAUAUGAACUUGUUCAUCGAGCUAUAGCCCAGUUGUUUGAAAAGCAACUUCAAAAAUAUGAAAAAUACACAGACUGGAAAAUUUCUGAUGUAGUGGAUGAAAUUAGCACAGAAAAGAUUGUCAGCUCUAUGAACCUUGAAAAAUCAGAUUCUCCACCUCCAAAACCUCCACGUACCCGCAGUUGCCUUGUUGAAGGGGAUGCUAAAGAAGAAAUAUUACAGCCUCCAGAACCUCACCCUGUACCACCCAUCUUGACACCUUCUCCUCCUUCAGCCUAUCCAACAGUUACCACAGUAUGGCAAGACAAUGACAGAUAUCAUCCAAAGCCCGUGUUGCAUAUAGUUUCAUCAGAACAGCAGUCAACAGACCUCAAUAAAAAUUAUAAUAAAUCAACAGAACUUCCAGGAAAGAAUGAAUCAAUAGUUGAACAUAUGGAGAAGAAACUGGAACGAAAUUUGAGUUUUGAAAUUAAAAAGGUUCCCUUACAGGAGGGACCAAAAAGUUUUGAUGGAAAUUCUCUCUCGAAUAGAGGACAUGCAAUCAAGAUUAAAUCUGUUUCACCUUGUACAACUGAAAAACUCUCAAAGUCACAGGAGCCAAGUUCAGGGGAUUCAAUUGAAGAUGUUUCUCAAAACUCUUGUGUGGACUGUGAUAUAUCACCAUCUAGCAAAGUCUCAGUAACUACACAAGAAAGAAUGCAGAGAAGUUUUGAUACACCUCCAAGACCAGAUUGUUUGCCUCUUAAAGAGAAAGGACAUGCUAUAUGGCCAUUACAUGGUCCUGAAAAUGCAUUGCCUAUUCCUGAUGAGUCUGAGAGCAAACCCUCAGAUAACCAAUGUCAGGCUACUAAAACUAUUUCUCUAACACCAAGCCCCACGUUACAAGUAGAAGCCAACAGUCUUGUGGAUAGUAAUGCACCUUUAGUUAGAGCACCCCUCAGUUUUACUAACCCUCUUCAUUCUGAUGAUUCUGACAGUGAUGAAGGGAACUGUGAUGGAGCCAUACCUAAGAAUGUGACUAAUAUUUCGACAGCAAGUGCUACAGUUUCUGCUGCCACUAGCACUGAAAACAUUUCUACUAGAAAAGUAUUACCAAUGUCCAUUGCUAGACAUGAUGUACCUGUUACAAUAUGUUCAGGGCCUGAAAAAGAUGUUGAUGUUAGCGAAGAUUCGCCUCCCCCACUACCUGAAAGAACUCCUGAAUCUUUUGUAUUAGCAAGUGAUCAUAAUACACCUGUAAGAUCAGUUGAGUGGAAUGAACUUCAUACCCAAGAGCAGUCUGAACAAAAGAAAUCUGAAGGCUUGAUAUCUACUGACAAUAAAACAUUUGAUCAUCCUGUAGCAAGUGAUGAGAUGGAGACUGAUCCAGAAUGUUUACUCCCUACUUUAGGUAACAAAGAUCGUAUUUCAGAAAGUCCAGCUGAAACCACAGAUAUUGGUUUUGGUAAUCGUUGUGGAAAACCUAAAGGACCAAGAGAUCCACCGUCAGAAUGGACAUGAUGCAGGGAAACAAAGGACACAUAGAAUUAUACUGGAAAAUUCAAGUGCCACUGAAAACCAGAUUGAUAUAUUUCACUUCCCCCCCAAAAUAGAGAAAAGAUUGGGUUGUGGGUGGGAGCAGUUUUGAGCGGUUUCUAAGAGAGCAGUGUUGAUUGUAACCUACAAAGGGUAUGAAUGUUUUUAAGUACAUCCAUUUUAAACUUAAACAUUCACAACAGUGGAUUCCAGUAUUACAUUCUAAUUUUUUGGGGGGGAGGGAGGGAAUGGGACCAUCUACUCUGCCUUAUUGUACACUUAGGAAAAAGUAUUACAUAUGGUUUAUUUUGUAACUUCAAGUAUUAUUGCCUUAAUGUCUAUUAACCCUGUUACACGCUGCUUGUAGACAUAUGUUAAUACAGUAAUACUUUUAUGAGAAAUUGAGUUUAUGGACUACUCUUUUGCUAAUGUUUUAUCAUGUAUGCAUUAUUUUGUAUAUGUACAGGGCAAGUAGGUAUAUAAUUUGAUAAAGUUGGAAUCAUAAGAUAUUAACAGAAGAUGUAAGGAAUCUCUGCAUGGUCUAAAUCUUUGUCUACCUUAUUUGUAAAUUAUUUGCCCUGAUGUUUUAGAAAAUAGUUUCAGAUUUUUAAAAUUGCUGGACACAUGCUGUCAGCAUUACAGGUUAGCAGAGAUAAAAAGAUUGUAAUAAUUUUGUAAAUUGUAUGCAAAAGGUUAUUUUUAUAUUAUAUACUGUUUGUUGAUC